AUUGUUUUUAAGCUUGGCACAAAGAUUCGGAAAAUGAAAGUGUCUCCGCUGGACAAUUGCGAGGUGUUUGCCCAGUUGGGCGACACACUCAAGCGCUACAACAGUGAUUCAAAGAAGCUCAACACAUUUGUGUAUUUAAGCGGCGAUGACGAGCACAUUGCCGAGAUCUGCAAUGUGGUAACCAAAGUGCUGCUGGAGCACAAUCUCGUGGCGCAACGGCCACAUGAAAAACUCAAGACGAAAUGGUCACCGAGCCGACUGGCGCUGAGGCCAUGAACGAUUUGCGCGGUGUCCUGGCCCUGCUAAUACUCAACACCACAGAGUGCUUGAAGAAGGAUCGUUACAAUACGGACUGCGUCCAUUUGGUGGGCCUGACACCACCCAUGUCGGCAGUCGUGGCCAUUGCCAUUGCCCUGAAAUGCGGUCUGCAGCAGCCGCUGAACGAGUUCCUGGCCUACGGACAGAGCUGCAUAGCCAGCCAGUACUACGAUUAUCUAAACGAAAACGUCACCAAGUUGGUCUCCAACCAUUUCGAUUCCCUGCCGCUAAUCACGGGCUUCCUCAUGUCCGCACGCCAGGCCAUGACUCUUUACAAACUGGAAAAUGCCAACGAGCUGCUGGACCAAACAGCCAAUCUGCUGCAGCGUCAUCUGCUGGACAGCACCGAUCGCUUGCGCGCACUGUUUCCGACUCCGCGCAAGCGUUACCUAGCACUGGCCAUGAACCAGCUGAUCGAUGUGCUGCUCGCUGUGCUCCAGCCGCCCACUGAGAAGCCACAACACUGGGCCAUGUAUCGGUUCAUGGACUGCGAUGAAACAAGCACCCCAAAGCCGGAGAAUGCAGAGCAAUUGGAGAAUCGUUAUGCCACGAUUCUGAUGGACGCGCUGCAGCGUGUCCUACAGCUGGUUACCGUGGACACAUUCAUGAGCUGGCUGGAGAUUGCCUCCCACCAGAUGCUCUACAGCUACCAGGAGGUCAUCUGCUGCCAGUCAGCGGGUGUCCUGACCCUUGUCAACAAGAACAAGCCAGAGCUGGCCGAUCACUUGAUUUGCGGACAACUGAAGGCCUUCGCCGCAGCGGCCAAGUCGUUCAAGAAACGCCUCUCAGAACUCAGUUUGCGCGAGUUGUUGUGCUUCCUUGACGGCGACAACGGUGAGAUAAGCGAGGCGCAGACCUUGGCCGGACUGGAGGAACUCUUUCAGCGUCCCAUUUGCUUUGUGAGCGAAGAGUGCGUGGACACCAUGACGAAGCAUGUGAAGUUCCUGGGCUACGAUCACAUCGUCCUGAUCUUCAAGCAUAUUGCAGCAUUUCUGGCCGAGGAGGCAGACGACGAGACCCUGAGUCUUGCAGCAAAAAAACAACUGAGAAGCGAGUACAAUGCCGUGCUGCGUCAGGUCGUGCAGAUCAUCUACGUACGAUCCAGCGUGGAAGUUAAGCAAAAGAUUCUGCAGCUACGCGAUGAGCUGGGGCUGAGCGGUGCGUUCUCAUUUUUCAAUCGGGCCUCCAACCCGCGUCGCGUUCUGUUCUUCAACCGACUGGACAACCAGCCUGAGAGUGCGAACUUCUCGGAGUUUCUGGACAUUUGCUACGAAGACUCACAGAUGGCCUGGCAGUCACUGGCCGAGCUGGCCAUGUCGCAUUCCCGUUUCAUGGACAUAUUCUGGAACCUUGCCUGCCAGCUGGCCCCCCACGCCAUGAACUACAUGAAGAGCACGACCGCCAGCCUCUUCAAGGACGACUACAUGCUGACACGUCCGAAUGCCACAGACUUUCUGCUCUCCCUGUACGCCUAUCCGUUGAUACUGAACGGCAUGAAGACAGGCGUGCACACGCCCUCAAGCAGCAGCUUCCGUGAGCGGAUCAACGAGGGUUUGUGCAACUACAGCCUGAACCUUCAGCCGGGCGCCAUGCCGUACAGUGCCGAGCAGCUGCAGGCAGCCCAAGCCGGAUAUCUGGAGGCCCUGGCCGCCGGACUGGCCAAGUUUACCGAAACGAAUCACAUUCAUCUCGUCGAGAUCAUCCUGCAGACCCUUGUAAACAUCGAUUCGGCCGAUGAAUACAUCAAAACGAACGGCAAGGAGCAAGUUGAGGAAAUGACUGAGGCUAAAGCGUCGCCAGACAGCUUGCAGGUGGCCAAAACCUAUGUGGAAAUGCAUGAAAAUCUCACCAAAUGGCGCAGGAACAGUUGGCCCGUGCUGUCGCAGCUGAUCAAGACCAUAGACGCCCUGCGCUGGACUCUAUCCACCUUCGACCAAAACCGCGUUGAUGUCCUCGACCUUGCUGUCAAAUAUUAUAAAAAUAAUUCCCCAACCAUCCUCAGCGGCGAUCCUGAGCUCAUCGAGAAGAUGUUGGCCCUGGUGGAGACUUCGGUGCAGAGCGAGCGCUGGAAGAUAACAAAUAUCUUGUCGACGGAUCGCAACUUUGCUGUCAAGUUCCUGGUGCGCAUAAUGCAGUCGAGCGCCUCAGAGGCGACGAAUCUCUUUUUCAAGUCGAUUGAAAACAAAACCGAUCACGCCCUCAUGGCGGAGAUCUCGCGUCAAAUCGACUUGUGCAACGCUCCCCAGGCUACAGCUGCCUACAAGUUCUUCUUCCGCAACUACUUGUACGCCUUCAUGCGCUACUUGGAGCAGUCGAAGCCAGCGAGGUCCGAUCGCCUGGCUGACCAUAUACGUGAAAUUGUUGCCUUGGCGCCGAGAAAAUGCCGCUUUGAUCACACAGAAAUAACCGCCCAGACGAUCCUAAAUAUGCUCGUGGCGAAAAAUUUAGAGGGCUUGGAGCGUAUUCAUAAUGCUUCCUAGACCAUUCCGGACGUGGAGUAAGAAAUGGAGAGAGAAGAAAGAAGGCACAGGGCUGCCAGUUUGAUUCAGCUUUAAGCGUCGAUUUGAAAUCGCCAAAGUCGCGUUAAUUUUAACAUUAAUCUUUUAAGCAUUCGACACACACACAUUCGACCUUUUUUUGUAUAUAAAAAUAUAUAAAAAUUCCGCCAUCAAACAUAAGACAGUCCCCGCACUUAGAGGACUUCCAUGCCAUAUGAAUGCAUAUGGAAAUAUUUUAGUAUUAAACAAAUGAUCAAAUGAAAACACAAUCUAACCUCGUUACAUGUUUAAAGGAAAAUUCGCCUGAUUAAACAAUUAUUCCACAAAU